UCUGGUCCUUAGGAUUUGAGUUUAAGACGCAGGGGCUGCUCAAAGAGCGAGAGUCCUUGGUUAGGCCUCGACUGGCCGGCGUCCGCAUCGGUCUUGUAGGGGAGGAGGCAAGUUGGGGGCGGGGCUCACGUGGCCGAAGCCGGUCGUGGAGCCACUCUGCCGAAGCACCGCGUCUUUGGAGCCUGUGGAGGUGUUAAGUGGCAUAUCCUGAGAGAAGAUGGGAAAGGGCUGCAAGGUUGUGGUCUGUGGCUUGUUAUCUGUGGGGAAAACGGCAAUUUUGGAGCAGCUUCUUUAUGGGAAUCAUACUAUUGGAAUGGAAGAUUGUGAAACAAUGGAAGAUGUAUAUAUGGCUUCAGUGGAAACAGAUCGGGGAGUAAAGGAACAGUUACAUCUUUAUGACACCAGAGGUUUACAGGAAGGUGUGGAGCUUCCAAAACAUUAUUUUUCAUUUGCUGAUGGCUUUGUUCUUGUGUACAGUGUGAAUAACCUUGAAUCCUUUCAAAGAGUAGAACUUCUGAAGAAAGAAAUUGAUAAGUUUAAAGACAAAAAGGAGGUGGCAAUUGUCGUAUUGGGAAACAAAAUUGACCUUUCUGAGCAGAGACAAGUGGAUGCUGAGGUGGCACAGCAGUGGGCAAGAAGUGAGAAAGUACGCCUGUGGGAGAUCCCACAGAUAUCCCGUCUACCUAGGUCACAGAAUCACUGUAAUGGAGUCUCCACAAAUGAGGAGCCAGAAAUGGAGAAAAGGAGCCGGCUCAUGCAUGAAGCAGGGGAGUUGCAGGAGGAGGAAGAGAGAGAGAGAGAGAGAGAGAAAAUCUUAAGCAGGAUCCACACUCAGCACAGAGCCUAAUGUAGGGUUCGCUCU